GGUACGCUGCCAGGUGGAUAGCAAGAUACGGGUGUGCGUGGGCACCUGCAAGCAAGACGGGAAUGCAAGCAAAGGCCCAAAGUUUGCCUGCGCAAAUGCCUGGUCUUUGCGCAUGCAGACACAUUCUAAUUAGGGCUAUAUGCUUGGCCACACGGGCGUGGCAAAGAGGGAGGGCCUUUCCUGGCGCGCUGUAACCGAAGCGCGCCCUCAACUUCUUCCCGGCUGCUGGUAUUGCUAGCAAACAAAUGAUAUGUUGUUUGCUUUGCAACACAAUGCAGGUGUUUCUGGGGCAGUCAACGCGGAGGUGGUUGGGUUGACCCGCUGACCGUUUUGGCACACCUGAGCCGAGAUUGACUGCGAACCGGCUCAGCCUGGCCAUGCCGUACGGGGCCCCGUAGCGCAGGCCCCGGGACCCUGCCGCCAUAAAAGCCGGGCGCGCCAGCUCACUAGUAUAAUCAUACAGCUCUCCAGCCAGCCACUACUCAGCCGGUUAGCCUUCGUAGCCUCUUACAGCCCUCGAGCACACAGCCUCUUUCUUGCUACUUCUUGCUACUUCUUGUCGCGACCCAGUUCGCUCUUCAGACCUCCUAGCUCCCUGACCACCGCACUAGCUAAGCACCACUCGCUUGUGCCCAGUGCGACUCCGAGUUGCCCGCCCGUGUCCGUUCACGCCGCGUACCAGCUCUCCGUCAGCUCGCGCUCCUACACACGUCCUUUUAAGUCUUUUUCCCUAGCUACUCGUGAGAAUGUGCCUCCCGAUCCUAAUGAAGUCUCUGGAGCACGCUAAGCAGCGCGCCAAGCAGCAGCAGGUUGUCGACUGCGGCCUGCGGAACAGGCCCGCUCCGUCCGGCGAAGAGAACCCUGUGUUCCUCGUGCAGCUGUGCGCGCUGCUGUGCACGGCGCCCGCCGGUGGGGUGAAGCCCUACCGGCCCGAGUCCCGCUUCAUGCGUGGCGCGCCCAAGACGGCGGAUGCGGAGGGCGGCGUUGUGGACCCCCUCUUCCUUGAAGAGCUGCGCCGUACCCUUCUCCGCAAGGCUGACAAGCCCGCAACCGCAACAGCAAGGCCCGCCACCAUCCCCGUAAAGGUGCUGGUCACCGUCUUCUGAUGACGCUCCUCCGCCAUCUUGCCUAGCUAGCUAACUAGUUAGCCGGGACCUCGGCUCUGGACAAGAGCAAUGCUCGCUUUAGCUGUAGCACUUACUUGCUUGGGGUCAUGCCAAUACCGCUGACACACGCGGAGGGCAAGUGCAAAGGGUGUGUAGCUAGGCCAUGACCAGCAGGCCGUGACCAGGCGUUUACGUAUGUGUCUUUGUUUCAAUCGUGAUGCCUGUCUCGUGUGGCUGUAUGUUGCUUAGGUAGAGACAUAUGUGGCAGUUGUAGAUGUUGCUUGGGGGCCACCAUGGGCCUUCUUGAGGACGAAGUAGGAGGUGGGACACGGCCACACGGGGCGGGUCGUUGGCCAGGGCCCAUGUUGACCAAGUAGGCCGGACCAGGAACCCUGCUGCUGGCGAGAAGCUAAGAACUGGCUAAGACCUCAAUGGUUGAACUGAAAUUCUGAAACCCACAUCAUGCCCCGAUGGGCAAGGAGCACUGUGCAAGAUGUUCCGGGGAAACCCGGUGAUUCCAAUUGUAACACAAGGGAGUG